GCAAAGAAGAGGGUGCGGUAGGAGGUAGAUUUUCCAAGGCAUUUACUCCACGCCAGCGGCCCAAGCCACCCCGAGAAAGAGGCCUCGGUGCAGCUCCCUGCCCACUUCUUCUGAGAGAAAGAGAGAAGACUCUGGUUUCUGGUGGGCCGGAAAGAGAUUGGCAGGAGGAAUUAUUCCUUUCAAACUCUUUAAAAAAGAGAGACCAAUCGAGAGCCGGAAUGAUCUUACAAUUUUUUGUGCGCAGUACUGGUAAAAAGAUACAGACAGGCGGGCGGGAGAGAGAGAGAAAAUGGUUGUCCGUCACAUCCAUGGCCGCAACUGCGGAGCCUUGCUCUUCGUCUGGUGAUGCCAAGAGCAGAAACCAAAAAGGGAAAGAAAAAAUCAGGCUUCGUUUUCAAUUUUCAUAGCCUCUUUGGAGAGAUGGAAGCACAUCCUUCUCCUGCAUGACCAUCGUCUAUAACCUUUUCUGUCUUUUCCCGUUCAUCUUUUCCAAGGAAUUCCCACCCCCCAAAAAGAAAAAAGGAUAGGGUAAAGAGGGCAAAAAGAGAAAACGAGUGUCUGCUGGUACAACAUUGCUGUCUGAGGGUGUCAAGGUGGCAAAAUCGAACAGGGCCAUAUCCUUUCACAUCAGGCCCAUGUACAUCAUUUAAGGGCCCCUGUGUUAUAUGUUAACUCCCCACAUCCCCUUCUGAUUCCCUGGCCUUCCCUCUCCAAGGCCCUUCUCCCCUCCCCCAGCUUUUGAAUACGUCUCUUUGGGAGCGAGAAGCCAUGGCGGAUGGAGAUUUUGAUGAGGACGAAGUUUGGUCUGUGAUAGGACACAGGGAGAAGUGGGAGGGCGGGUGUAGGGGCAAGAAGAGCAGCGAUGCAACUACACCAAAAAGAGCAGCGUAUGGUGCCUCCAGGAUGAUCCCUAGGAGUGGUGGCACCGCCAACAGCCCUGAGGCCAGAAUCUUCCAGCAAUCUGCUCCGGUUAACAUCCCCGACUGGUCAAAGGUUUAUAAGAAUGCCGUAAUUACAUCGUGGGAUUUUGGUUGUGAUGAUGAUGGUGGAGGUGGAGGUGGAGGUUGUUAUGGUUUUGAGGAUGAUGGUCAUUACAGAGGGAGUCUCAAUGAUGGUUCUGAUGAUGAUGAUGAAGACGAUGAUAGGGUGCCACCGCAUGAAUUGAUUGCCAAGAAGCUUGCGAGGAGCCAUAUCACAACCUCUUCUGUUUGUGAAGGUGCGGGGAGGACUCUGAAAGGGAGGGAUCUUAGCAAGGUCAGGAAUGCAGUCCUGACUAGUACUGGUUUUCUUGAAUGAGGAUAUACAACCCCUUUUUUUGCAGAUUUAAAGCCCAGAUGAAGAGUGAUGGUUCUUGUUUUUCUCUGCUUUUGAGUAUCUUGAUGUUGGGAUUCUGCUUUUAGGUGUUUUUUUUUCCUCUUCUUCCUGUCACAGAUGAUACAAGAAUGUCAGGCUCCACUUUUUGGUCCCUUUGGUGCCUGAAAGUUUUGUUUUUCUGCUUUGUUUAGGUUUAGGGAGACAAGAGUCUGGGAUUAAGUUCUAUAUGUGGACUUCCUCACCUUCUUGCAGAAAUGAAGAUUUUCUUAUGAAUAAUUUUCUCUCUUCAUUUUUUC